GUCAUAAACACUUAAUUUAUAUCUUUGUUGUAUCUAUUUCAAAGACAUAUGUAAACUUAUAAAUACAUCUAUUCGCUUCAGAUCUAGGUAACGAAAUCUGUAAUCAAAGAUGUGUGCAUUUGCUUUUCUUACACUUACCGUUUUGGCACAUGCUAUUGAAGGAGUUCCGGUUCCUUACAUCAUCGGUGGUAGGGAUGCUCCUAUUGGUAAAUAUCCGUAUCAAGCAUCAUUGAGACUUUUCACUUCGCAUAGAUGUGGUGGAUCUAUCCUUGAUCAUUUUAACGUUUUAACUGCAGCACGUUGUGUUGACGGAUUGGAAGAUUAUCUGAUGUAUCUAAAUGUCCAUGUCGGCACAAACUUUUUGACCGAACCAGGAGAUGGUUAUAAAAUAGAGAAUGUUAGCAUUCACGAAAAUUACGACAAGGAGUUACUUAAAAAUGACAUCGCCUUAGUGCACACUAGAAUUCCUAUCGAAUACACUACACUGAUUCAACCGAUAAAUCUUGCGACAAACGAUAAAGAUCUUGAGGGCAAACCGUGUACUUUAACUGGAUGGGGAGCUACAAGGUUUGGUAGAAAACCUACAUAUAAUUUGCAAGAAAUUGAAUUGGUAAUUUAUCCGCAGAAAGAUUGUGAAAGAGAUCAAAAUGGAAGAUGGAAUGUAACAGAUAGUAAUAUCUGCACUUUAGCUAAAGAAGGAGAAGGAGCGUGUCACGGUGAUCAUGGUGGGCCUUUGGUGGUCAAUGGUUUCCAAAUUGGAAUCGUUUCCUUUGGUAAUGUCUGCAUGGGAUUACCUUACGAUUUGAAUCACCAGAUGUUUACACAAAACAACCAGCUUUUUAUCUUGGAUCAAUAUUUACAAAAUAUGCUGCCAUUUGUAACGGUCCAUACUGCCACAAUCUAUUUAAACGAAAAAGGGCAUGAAUAUAAGGUAACGGGUAUUACCAUUCACUCAAGUUACAAUUCUCCAUUAAAACUUAAUGACAUCGCUUUGGUUCACCUUCAAAAUCCUAUCAUAUACAAUGCGCUAGAGCAACCGAUAAAUCUUGCGACAACCGAUAGAGAUAUCGAAGGCAAGCCGUGCACAUUAACCGGAUGGGGAGUUACAAAGGGAGAUUCUGGUGGACCUUUAGUGAUUGAUGGAAUUCAAAUUGGAAUUGUUUCUUUUGGUUUCCUUGUGCAGUUGGAUUGCCAGAUGUUUAUACAAAAAACCUAUGAAGUAUCUUUUGUUUUAAAUCCAACAACAAGUCUGCAAUUAAAGAUGCGUGCAUUUGCUUGUCUUAUAUUUAUCACUCUGACAUACGCCAAUGAAGUGUACGGAGCUCAGUCUCCAUACAUCGUCGGUGGUAAGAUUGCUGCCAAUGGCAAAUUUCCAUAUCAAGUAUCAUUAAAAUUUAACAACAAGCUCAGAUGCAGUGGUUCUAUCAUUAAUAAUUUGAACGUGUUAACUGCAGCAUAUUGUGUCGUUGGGUUGGAAGAUCCGCUACAGAAUCUAACGGUCCAUGCUGGCACAAACUAUUUGAAUGUAAAAGGAUUUGUUCUUGAGGUAGCAAUUAUUACCGUUCAUCAAAAUUAUGACGCUUAUUUACGCAUUAAUGACAUCGCUUUAAUUCAUCUUAAAACUCCUAUCAAAUACAAUGCACUAGUGCAACCGAUCAAUCUUGCGACUUCCGAUAAAAAUAUCGAAGGCAAGCGGUGCACAUUAUCCGGAUGGGGAAAUACACAGAUUGAUGAAAGUAUUCCAAAUAACUUACUUGAAAUUGAGCUGUUAGUUUACCCGCAAGAAGACUGCGCGAGAGCAUGGACGGAUGUCAAUGUGAUAGAUAGCCAUGUCUGUACUUUAACUAAAAAAGGAGAAGAGCAUGCUACGUAA